AUGGAUGGCCAGGAGUUGUUGCGAUGUGAGCGCAUAGCUGUGAGUCUGGCCUUCGAGGCGGGCCUUAUGAUGAAGUCUGCCUCCGGACGUAAUAAAGAGAUCUCUGAAAAGGAUUCGUUCGCCGAUUUGGUGACAGAAACAGAUAAAGCGAUCGAAAAGUUUUUGUUUACAGAAUUGAAGCGUCAGUUUCCAGACUUCCGGUUCAUUGGCGAAGAGACCAGCGCUGGGGUGGGGCUGACGGUAGACCCGACUUGGAUUGUAGACCCCAUCGAUGGGACCAUGAAUUUUGUUCAUACCUUUCCCUUCACAUGUGUAUCCAUAGGUCUGACAGUUAAUAAGGUUCCGGUGGUGGGAGUGGUGUACAGUCCCUUCCUGUCGAAGCUAUAUACGGCCCGCAAGGGUUGGGGCGCCUAUUGUAACGGACAGCCCUUAUCUGUACAUAAAAGCUGUAAAUCCCUGAACGAAGCGCUUCUGUUGUGUGAAUUCGGGAAUCAAAGGGACGAAGAGAAACGAAACGCUGUGUUCCGUAACCUCGAGGCCGUGGGUUGGCUCAGUCACAGCGUCCGGUGUGUGGGUUCUGCGGCUCUCAACUUGUGUUGUGUCGCCGAUGGCUCGGCCGACGCCUACUGGGAGUUCGGUCUUCACGUGUGGGAUAUGGCGGCCGGCAGUCUUAUAUUGACAGAAGCGGGCGGUGUUGUGAUGGACACAAAGGGCGGACCCCUGGAUAUAAUGAGCCGAAGAGUAUUAGGCGCCUGUAAUCGGAAUAUUGCCGAUGAGUUGGGUCGUGCCCUUCCUAUCCAUUUAGAGUUAGAGCGCGAUUGA